AUGUUUACAGGGCUGCAUUGUUGGGGCGGGGCACGAUCAGCCCGAAAGAGAACAAAACAAGCGCAGCUACAGCCACCAGUAGGAGCGUCGGUGAGAGGACGCAAACGUCGCUGUGCUGUAGAAGCGAUACGUCUGCGCGUCCGCCAUAUUUGGAGUGGCAACUCUGCUGUUAUUUUUUUUUAGUAGAGGCGCUAAAAAUGCUUUCAUUCUAAUAAACAAGUUAUGUUUACAGUAUUUGUUUUAGUACUUAUAAGUGUGACCACAGAUGAAAACAGCAACAGCAACAUUCAUUAUCUUCAGUCAGAUAAAUAAGGAUGGAAAUAUGUUGUACGUCGUGAACGUCUUUUCCUACGUGACCGCACAAGGCGGUUCACUUCCUGGUUGCGGCGUAAUGUGUGGGGUGUGUAGAUGAGCGAUGAAUAUUGGUCAAGGAAUGCUGCUUCCGCCUGCGGGACGACACUGGAUGGGCGCGAUUCGCUUGGCGAUCACUCUGCUGGGACUCCCGUUCACCACCUGCACCCCUGGAGCAAGACCUGUGGUACUUCGUUCAUCCCAUCCUCUCACCAGAACCAGUAAACACAUCAAACCUGCUAUUUGUGGGGGUUAUUGUAGGCUUUACACCUCCACUAUCGGGACAAUGCCCUCCUCAGCUGCCUCUCAUGUAAAGUCCAGAUGUCCCCAGUAUCCUGAGUCCACCGUCAAUCGGUUUCCUGUCCCUGAUGACAAGGUGAACUGGAAUCAGAACUGGCCCCAGUAUAACCCAGUCAGCUACACUGCUCCAGCUGUUUUAAAGAAGCCAUCCUGGGCUGAUCCUGAGAUUGGUUCUUUCUCUCCUAAGUUCAACACCGUGGAUGGAACUGUGGACAGGACGAGCUUUGAAGGAAGCUACAGAGUGGAAAAUGGAAAGCCAUUAAAUCCUUUUGGACGCACCGGUUUGACUGGAAGGGGUUUGCUUGGACGAUGGGGGCCCAAUCAUGCCGCUGAUCCCAUUGUCACAAGAUGGAAGGUGGAUGCCAGUGGAGCCAAGAUUAUUCACUCCGCCUCCAAGAAGCCCAUCCUACAGUUUGUGUCCAUCAAGAGGAAAGACUGCGGGGAAUGGGCCAUUCCAGGGGGGAUGGUGGACCCAGGGGAAGAGGUUUCCCUCACGCUGCAGCGGGAGUUCUCUGAGGAGGCCCUGAAUACGCUGUCGCUAAAGCAGUCGGAGAAAGACCAAAUGCAUAAACGCAUCAAAACGCUCUUCAGUUCAACGGGGUUUCAGGUCUACAAAGGCUAUGUUGAUGAUCCAAGAAACACUGACAAUGCCUGGAUGGAGACGGUUGCUGUCAACUUUCAUGACGAAGCAGGCAACAGUGUGAGCGCGCUGCCUCUGCAAGCCGGCGAUGACGCAGGACAGGUCCAGUGGGUGGACGUGGACUCGUGCUUCGCCCUCUAUGCGAGCCACUCCCACUUCCUGGAGCUGGUUGCCAGAGAGAGGAAGGCCCACUGGUAAUCAGGAGACAAAAGGUCCUCUGAUGUAAAUGAGGCAAAGCAGAGGCUGAAGAGCACUUGUCCGUUUAGCAAGCAUGACCCCUAAUGGAAAUGUUCCCCCUCUAAUUUAUUCAUGAUAUUGUGAAAUCAUAUUGGAAAACAUAAGAUGCAUUUAGCCAGUUAGCAUGACGAUAAGAAAAAAAAAAUAAGAAAUAAAAAGGAAGUUUAACUUUAAUCGGUGCAUAAGGAGGAUCUAUGAUGUUCAUGUCCAUCUAUGACAAAGCUGUGGCCAGAGAUUUCAGUGUAUUUGAUUUACAUCAAACUGCCUUGCAAAGGAUUUAAAUUGAGACUCUCAAGAGUAUUUUGCCAUAUUUACUUGAUACUAAAACAUUUCUGCAUUGUGCCUUGUAAAAGUGUUUUUACCUCUUGAGCUUUUCCCCCUCACUGUGAAGUCGUAGGAAAAGGAUACAUCUAACUGUCCAUUUUAUUUAAUUUUUAUACCCGCUGACCUGUGCAGGUUUUCGGGUUAUGUGACGCGUUAGUGUUAAAAGGUCUCAGAUGUGAAUGGGGAGCAGGUGUAUUAAAUUUGGUGUUACUGGAAACUCAACAAGUCAUCAUAUGUCAAAUAGGUCUCUGAGGAUCUAAAUUAAAGAAUUGUUGCUCUAAA